AUGGGUCGUACCGUAGACCAGGAGGUGCACGCCGCGUUUGUCGAGUUCCGCGCCAAGGAAGAUGAUAAGGUGCGUGACUGCUGUCUCUCCGUCCAGUGUAUCUACUGCCAGCAGAUCCGCGCAAAGAACACCUCGCGACAGAAGCAGCACCUCCUCGAAUGCCCCGGCCUGCGCGGCCACCCCAACGCGCCGCAGCCAUCUCAGCCCGCCCAAACCGCCCCUAACGGCAUCGGCCCUGCCAAUGGAUACCCGGGUACCCCGAGUGGUCCAACGGCCACGCCAGGUGCUGGUCCUCCCGGUCCUGGUCCGAUCCCAACGCCCAACGGACCCAUGAUGGCCAACGGGGUGAACCCUCACGCGACCCCGAUGCAGACGCCGCUGCAGAGCAUGCAGAAUCGCCCCCCGAUGCAGACUCCCGGCCCGCCGCCGGGACCCCCUGGGUCCGCGCCGUCUUCUGCGCAGCCGUCGCGUCCGACACCCAAGCCCAAGCCGAAGACCUCGACCUCGAGCUUGCCCGCGCCGCCGCUGGACGACGUGCACGCGGCUUUUGUCGAGUUCCGCGCCAAGGAAGAAGACAAGGUACGGCUUGCCCGAAACCCUUUUGCGUACUAA